AUGACCGAGAAUCGCGGGCCCGAGCUCCUGGCGGUUAAUAUCGUCUUCGUCUCAACGGCCGUCUUGGCCACAGCGCUGCGAUGUUUUGUCCGAGCUGGUCUGGUCAGGGCUUUUGGCACUGACGACUGGCUCAUGGUGUUGGCUAUGGCUUGCUUCGCUUGUUAUUCCGCAUUCUCUAUAUCUGGGAUUACCUAUGGCACUGGAAGACACCAUAAGGACCUUAGCAAGGAGAACAUCUCCGAAGCACUCGAACUUUGGUGGUGGUGUUAUCUCUUCUAUUGUAUGAGCAUGGUCAUCUCGAAAAUGUCUAUUGCAUUUUUCCUGAUGAGAAUCACGACGCAAAAGAUCCACAGAUGGGUGGUCUACAUCGCCAUGCUCUCCACCGUCAUCUCUGGGGUUCUCUUCUUCUUUGUGACCCUCUUCCAGUGCCAGCCAGUGUCUUUCUUCUGGAACAAGGACCAAGCCGGCAGCUGCAUCAACAUCAACAUCGUCAUUGGCUUGGCGUACUCGUACAGUGCGUCCAGCGUUAUCUCCGACUUUGCUUUCGCCAUCCUUCCGGCUUUUAUUGUCUGGAACUUGCAAGUGCCGACGCAGACGAAAUUCGCCCUGAUUCCCCUGUUGAUGAUGGGCUGUGUUGCAAGCUCGGCUGUCCUAGUCCGGUUUGGAUUCUUGAUGCACCUCAAAGACCCCGACUUUCUCUGGUCUACCCUCGAUAUCGCCAUUUGGUCAUCCGUCGAGCAAGGGCUCGCGAUUACUGCUGGAAGUUUAGCAACUCUCCGGCCUCUGUUAAGGAUCAUCGGGUAUAAGAUGGGCUGGUCGACGAAGUCGUACCCGAUCCGUGUCACCGAUAACAUUCCCAGACGACCCUCCGCCUUUUCCGCCAUGAACGACGCCGAAAUCAGAUCCCCUACUGCGACCCAUAAAGACAAGGAGGACGAGCGUGGCUUUUUCAAUGAAAACAACGAAUAA